GAAGGCAUGCAUAAGGUUUCUAGCAUAAGGGGAGUUAAGGCAGUGCAGUAGUAGGGUGACACUGCAGAGAUAGUAAAAGUCAGAUUGGAGAUGGAGUUCUCAGGAUCAAGAAUGACUGCAAACUCAAACGGAGGAGGUCACUGAAAGGUCUUGCUCAAGAAGGGAAAUAGGGGAGAUGGAUUUGUGAUUUUAGAUGUCACUUUUGAUCAGUUCUGUCUCAGAAACACCUACCUGGAGGAGGUUGAGAUGAAGCCACGUGUAUACCUGAGAAGACAGAAAAGGAGGAGUGAGAGGCCUCCAAUGAACAGCAAAAAAUAAAAUUCUGCAGUCCAGAGAGGUUUAACAAGAUAAUAUGCUGCAGUGCCUCUAUAAAUAGGUAAUGGAGCACCACGGUUCACUCAGUUUGCAGAGGUGAGGCCAGGGUCACAUGCAAGCAGCAGGAAAUCACCAGCAACAGGAACAAACUGUGGGCAGUCGGCGAGGGCCUGCGCCUGCGCAGACAAAACGAGCGGGAGGAGGCUGUUUGGCGCCUGCGCACAGCGAUUGGGAGAGGCCAGGCGGAGACCAAGAUGGCGGCCUAACGCUGCGGCCGCCAACGCCACCGAGUGUGAGCGACGUCGCCGCCGCCAUGGCCCGGCACAGGAACGUCCGAGGCUAUAACUACGACGAAGAUUUUGAAGAUGAUGAUCUUUAUGGCCAAUCAGUAGAGGAUGAUUGUUGUAUUUCCCCUUCAACAGCUGCGCAGUUUAUUUACUCAAGACGUGACAAACCCUCAGCAUUUGCUGAGCGAUUAGAAGAAGGGUAUGGCUAUGAAGAUUCAGAAGAACCUGCCAAGAAUAUUACAUCCAAUCACCAGCUAACUGGAGUUGAUCAAGCCCGUCUUUAUUCGUGCCUUGAUCAGAUGAGAGAAGUGCUGGGGGAAACUGCACCAGAGCAGGUGAUGGUGGAAGCAGUGUUGAAUAGUAAAUUUGAUGUACAGAAGGCUUUGGAUUUUGUGCUUGCACAAGACAGUAAGCAAAAUGUGAAGACCAAGAAUGAAGAAGCUGUGACUACGGGAAAGACAACAAAAGGAGAUUUACUUUGUUCAGAAACUUUUACUUAUUCGGAGAACUUGUCUUACUUAAUAGAAAACUCUUCAGCAAACACCAGCAUGUCUGAGCUCAGUAGCCUGACGGUCAAAACUAAAUCACCUAGUUACUUUUCAACUUUAAGUGACAAAACACUCUUCAAAGCUAAACAUUCUAAUAUAUCCUCAAUAGAAAAGAAAAUAUCUGAAUCGUCUAAUAAAUCUUCAGGAGUUCUAUAUUCUUCCCUCAGUAAUGAUAUGUAUGAAGAAUCAUGUUAUGAAUCUGUCAGUAAACAUGUAGCAGUACAGCUACCAGACAAUACCAGCACAUUAAGUUUGAUUUCCAGCAAUGAAGACAAAAUUUGCUUUAGUGUAGGUGCUGAGUUACUGGAAGCUAGUCAGUCUGAAAAUCCUGCCUGGAAGCAGUUGGAGUGCAAGGAAUCACAAGACUUGAAAUCUUUGCUGAUGCAGAAUAUAACUAAUGAUUAUUUGAGUCUCCAAGACAGGGGACUGCUUGGGGUUCAAAAUUCUUCAGAUCAUAAUAGUAAAGGAAGUAUGGAUAGUAGUCCUGGCUUAAUGAGUUCGGUAGGGAAACUGACACUUGAUAAUGAUAUAAACUGUACUCAGAAUAGAAAGACUGAGCGUUUUGAAAAUUUUCCUUCAUUUCUACAAAGUAUCAGGCAAGAUAUCUCAUCUUCAGACAUGGAUAGUUUGCCAUUUUCAAACUCUGGGGGUCCAUCACUGGCUGACCUACUUCAAGAGCACCAGGAAAGUAAUUCAAGCCACUGUUGUUCUUUAUCUGAUCUUUAUAACCAAACAUCUAUGAGUUUUAUAGAUUUGAAAUUGGGAUCCUCACCAUUGUCACAAUUAGCUGGUCAACAUCAAGCUGCAACAGGGAUGUCAGAAUUAACAGGAUCUCUGUCUUCUCUGGCAUUGUCUCGGGCUUCUCCAGUAAGAGAACUUGAGAAUUUGUCACUUUCAGAUUUAAUUGCAGAAACUAUUGAAGUAGAUAAGCCUCAAGAAGCAAAAGACUUUUUGAGGUUCAGUAUAGCUGAAAUGUGGCCUUCUGCAGGAGUAAACACAAACAUUGACUUAAGUGUCCUUAUAAAAAAUCCAGAAGUAUCUGCAGAAGCAGUAGCACGCCAGUCAAAUACCAUAGUCCCAGAAACUAAAGUUUUAAGUUCAAAGCAAGGAAAAAAUAUUAUUUUAGUUAAAGGAAAUAAAAAAAGCAAAAGACGUAUUUCUAAGAGCCAGGAUCUGUCUCUCUCAUGGAUGAAGGCUCUUUGUGCCAGACCGUCAGCUUUUGCUUUAACUUUGUGUCUCCGUUAUCCUCCAAAAGGAUGUAAAAGGCGCACGAUUGAUAUCCAUAAGACUUUCCUAUACAGUAGGCAAGUAAAAGAAGUUAAAAAUAAGGAAAUUGACCCUUUAAUAUCAAUAACACCAUUUGACUUUAAAUCAGCAUCUCCUGAUGACAUUGUAAAAGCUGGACAAAAAAGAGCCUUUACAAGAGACUAGUGUAAAAUAGGGGAAAGAAACAGAAUGUAUCCUUCAGAGCCUUUUUAAAUGAUUUUAUAAAUUUUGUACGGGGUGACUUUAUGAUCCAGAAUUCACAUUCUAUAUUUUUUUAUUAUACAUUUGAUAAUUCUCAACAAAUAGUUGGUGAUCAAAAAAUUUAUGUGAACUUUUAAACUACUGCACGGUCUGUAUUUUUAUUUUUUGCAUACUUUGCAUUAAGAUACAACAUCUUAAUUUUCACAGACUCUUAAUCUUUAAUACAUAGGCAUUGCACAUAUAUAGAAUACUACUAUACAAAAGUACAUUUCUAAGUAAGAAAAAAUAGACUUAAUUUGGGGGAAAAAAAUCCUAGCUAUACCAUUCUAUUUUACUGUUUGGUUAUAUUGCAGAACAAAACCUAAAAUAGAUAUUGCUCUGGAUUAAUUUGAUUAGAUGUGCUUAAAUUUAAAGUUUCUGGUACGUUACAUAAUUAAACUGUCUUGUGGCACGGUUUAAUUUCCAACUGCUAAUUUCAUUCUCAAUUUCAUUAUUCUUUUAUAUACUUUGGUCAUAGUGAUGUCACUAAUCUUAGAAAAUUAUCUUAUGUUCUCAAAAGCUCCAGUCAUUUAAAAGAAAUAACCCCAGAAAAAUCAGUCAUUGACCACUAUACCUGAUGAUAAGCCAUUUGCUAGCUUUUUGGCGGGACCAGACUUUCUUAUGACAGCAAAGUACUAUAACUUAAGGUUACAAUUUUUAUAUCUGUUCAAAACAUCCAAGUUAAAACUGGGCAUUUAAGAAUAUUGGAAAACAUUUGUGUGCAUAGUAUAUAUUUCAUCAAAAUUUUUCCAGUUGGAAUCCAUCACCUAUUUUAAGUCUGUUUGAAGUGCAUUGGAAGAAAAACAUUCCCUUUUUUCCCUUUGGCAUUAGUCAUGCCUAGUGAAAAGGCAAUGAUAAGCUAUAAGUGCUAUUUCUCCUUUUAGGAAAAAGUUACCUUUAGUAAUGGAAAUGUGUAAUUUUGCAUUCACUUUUCUUGCUGGAGCCAAUGCUCGUUAUUUUGAGUCUUAAUAUGUGAGGCCAAAGUCAGGUCUUGAACUUCAUUUCUUAUCUAAUAGUCACUGGACUCUGAUACUGUCUAUAGGUAGUCAUACCUUUACAGAGGUGUUUGUCAAAUAUUAGUAGUUUUUCACUUGGAUCCAUGGACUACCAGUCGGUAUUUUCAACAGUCAAUCUGCAGCAUAUCCUAUACAAGUACUAUUAUUACUAGAAAAAUAAGCUUGUUUAUAGUUUAUCAUAACUUUAUUCAGAUAUAACCAGGAAACUGUUAUGAAAUAACGGGUUAAAUCUUAAUGGUGGAGCUUUAAUAAGUUGAUUUAUAAAAAAGAAACCUUAUUAUUUAGUAUUGUUCCUAGCUUUAAGUAGCAAUGUCAGUUUAGUUAUAAAAAUGUAUUUGAAAGCACUGGAAUGCAGGUUUCAUUUGCUGUACACUAAUUUGUUUAGCUGGUAGACAUUUGUAAAUUGUCACUAUUUAGGGAAUUCUUCAAACAUAUGAGUAUCAGACUCUUUUUUUUGUAUUGAAGGGUUUUUGAUCUUCUAAUUUCUCCAGAAUAGAGUUCAUGGUUCUAGUGCCUUUUAAUAAAGAUGGUAGCACUACAGUGUUUAUAUUCUAACUGAUCAGCUUGAUUUUUGUUUAGUCACUCAUAUCCAGAAGCCUUUAGGAGCCUUCAGUAGGUUAAAACAUAAUUAAUGUAAACAUAGCUUGUUUAGGUAACUCAAAGAGCAGAAAUAAAACCCAACAUCCUCCUAUUUUGCUCACAAAUUAUAUAUAUUUUCCCCAACAUAAACUACAUGGAAACAGUUUCUUGAGCCUUGUCCUGAAGGAUGUCACAUUCUCUCAAAUUAUCAGAAGAACUUUCUGCUGUCUCACACCUUAAACAGAGAAAGCUCUAGAUGACUUUUGUUGCUAUCACAGGGCAAUCCCUCAAGUACGCUAGUUCUUUUAUCAUUUAAGAUUUUCAUAGUAAGUGCUCCAAUUUUACUUGCUGAACAAUAAGCAAACAAGGUAGAUCAGGGUGAGGCUAUUCACUGGCUCAAAAUACUAGUGAAUAGUUCAGAAAUGUUUUAAAAAAAAUCUUCAUUCAAGUUAUCUGUUUUCUGAAGUCUCUCUAAAUAUGAACAGCCCUUUACUUGAUAUCUAGAAUCUAUUUUUCCCAUUAAGAUUUUAGGUCUUAUCUGAAGAAUUUGUGCAAUAGACAGAUCUCCAAAUUUAUUUUAAAUGGGAUAGUGUGCUACCAGUGAUGAAAAAAUUGUUGAACAUUUUAAUAAUUUUCUUUUUAAUGGCCCAGUCUUUUUUAGUUUGCUUUAGGUGAUUUGCUCUUUUCUUGUUCCUGCCACUUCCUGAUGGCUUGAAUUGGCUUUUCUAAUGGAGGUGUUACUAAUCUCUGGUGGAAGAAGUGCUAUUAUAUUUAGUGGAGUAAAUUGUUUCUUUGCUUCUGCUGCUUCUGUUUUGUCUUCACCCUGUUCUGUCUAGUCUUAUUGUGUUGUCUCUGUUCUCUCAUUUCCUCUUCACUACUCUUCUCCCAAGCCCUUCUUUAACAUUAGAUGCUGCUAGCAGUUUUAGAGCCAAAUUCUGCACAAAUCAUACCUGCACAGAACUCCUGUUGAUUUAAUCACAAGUUACGUGCAAGUCUCUGAUGAAAGAAUUCAGCACUUAGAACUCAGUCCUGCAAUGAUAUCUGUGCAGAUGAAGCCAGGGGCCUAUGCAGCGCUCCAUUGACUUCAGUCGGACUCCAACCACAUAUGGCUGUCCACCCACACAGAUGUCAUUGCAGAUUGGGGCCUCAGUGUCUAACUUUACAUGUAAGUACUAGGUGACUAACCCUUAAUAUU